AUGGAGGACAACCUCAACAAGCGCGUACGAUCCGGCGAUUCCUAUCCCGAACCGUCUCCGAAAAACGCUUCACCCCCCAAAAGAUCCAGAAUCGUGAUUGUUCCUUCCAGCGGUGACGGCAAAGCAUCACCCUCUGCAGCGGAGCGCGAUGCAGCGGCGAAACCAAUAGCCUCUCGCCAGGCGGCAGCUACGACAAGCGAUAGCGAUGAGAGUGAUGAUGACGAUUAUACUUCUUCGUCAGGCUCAGAUAGCGACGGCGACGAUAAUAGUGAAGAUGGCGACCAGGACGCCGCAAGUGUCGAUUAUACCUCCGAUCAAGCGACUGGCGCACAGUCCUCGCUCCCACGCAUAUCGGCGCAGCAGAAACCUCGCAUACAACGCAUCGCCCAGAAUCCGGAUCUUCUAUCCCGAUUGUCUGCCUUUUUGCCAAAGAUGAAAAAUGCCAAUGACGAUCUAGAACGGGAAAUAGCUGCGGGAAGAGGGAAGGAACUGCAGCUGGAUGAAAUAGACGAUACCGAGGAGGGGCGGUACAUUGAAAUGAAUCUGGGACUAGGCGUUUUGGAAGAACAACGGGGCGACGACAGUAGUUCAGCUGAGCACGACAUGGACGACAGUAUGGACACUACAAAUGAUAGUGGUACCGCAGAUGGUCAGGGACCUCCAGUGGGCAAGGACUCGGACAUCUUGGAUAAGCUCCUGGGCAAAAAGAAGUCGUCAAAAGAGCAGAAGCCGGAGAUCCAGGAGUUAUCUGAGUCGCGACCUACAUAA